GCGGCCAGAGCUCACUUUUGAACUCGCCAUGUCCAAGGACUUUCGCAGCGCGCGCAUGCUCUCGAUCUCGUGCUCGCAACCGAUGGCGAUCCCUGCCCGCUUCGCGCCGCAGGACGACGAGAGCCCCGUCGAAAAGUCGUCGCUGGCCAAGAGCAAGAAGGCCAAGUGCGUCCUGAGCCUCAACGUGACGGAGGCGCCGGCCAUGCGUGGCACGGCCAUGUACGAGGUCAAGGUCUCGUACAACAACAACAAGCAGACGCGCAUGAUGAAGACGCUCAAGGAGUUUCUGACGUUCAAGAGCAUGUUCCAGCUCCUUGCGCUGACCUCCAAGAAGGGCAACAACUGCUGCGCCUUGUGCCAAGACGUGUCGCAGCUGCCCUGCAUCUCGACACAGGUCUCGGGCCGUAGCGACAACGCCGCCGACAUUCUCGACUCGUUCCUCUCGAACCUCAUUGAGAAGCUCCAGGCGUGCGCUUCGCCGACGAUCCUCGAGUGCUCGGCCCACAUGGGCGUCGUGAGCAUCAUGACCGAGUUCCUUGAGCUGCGCAACGGCCUGUAUUUGUGCCAAGAAGACGACUCGUACAGCAGCGACGAAGACACGCUUCCGAUCUCGCACUGCUCUUUGUCCAAGAGCCUCUCGAAGCAGUUUGCGGCGUACGACGCUGUCUGCUAAGCUGCCCGACAUGCCCCUCGCGCGCCGCCAUGCCCACCCGAACCCCUCUUAUUUAAGUUUCGCUGCGCGCGACUGGGCAAGGCUCGCACGUGUGUAGUUGUAGUUGGUUGAAUCAUGCUGUACCAUAUCUAAAGUCAACUCGAAGCAUGUGACCGUUGUC